AGGAAGACUGGACUUGCAAGGGCCUGACACCGGAGCUGUUGUGUAGCAGGGCAAUGAACCAACAGAAUUGUUUUCUUAACUGGGAUGACGUAGCUUUGCCAGAGACUUAGAAGCUAAGCAGAAAAUGAGCUUAACAUCCUGGUUUUUGGUGAGCAGUGGAGGCACUCGCCACAGGCUGCCACGAGAAAUGAUUUUUGUUGGAAGAGAUGACUGUGAACUCAUGUUGCAGUCUCGUAGUGUGGAUAAGCAACAUGCUGUAAUCAAUUAUGAUGCCUCUACGGAUGAACAUUUGGUCAAAGAUUUGGGCAGCCUAAAUGGGACUUUUGUGAACGAUGUAAGGAUUCCAGAGCAGACUUAUAUCACCUUGAAACUUGAAGAUAAGCUGAGAUUUGGAUAUGAUACAAAUCUUUUCACUGUAGUACGAGGAGAACUGAGGGUUCCUGAAGAAGCUCUUAAGCAUGAGAAGUUUACUAUUCAGCUUCAGUUGUCCCAAAAAUCUUCCGAAUCAGAAUUAUCGAAGUCUGCAAGUGCCAAAAGCAUAGAUUCAAAGGUAGCAGAUGCUGUGACAGAAGUGCAGCACAAAGCUACAGAAGCACUCAAGUCUGAGGAAAAAGCCAUGGAUAUUUCUGCUAUGCCUCGUGGUACUCCGUUAUAUGGGCAGCCAUCAUGGUGGGGGGAUGAUGAGGUGGAUGAAAAAAGAGCCUUCAAGUCAAAUGGUAAAACUGAAGAAAAAAGUCAUGAAACUGGAACGUCAGGGUGCAGUAUAGAUGCCAAGCAAGUUGAGGAACAAUCUGCAGCUGCAAAUGAAGAAGUACUCUUUCCUUUCUGUAGGGAACCGAGUUAUUUUGAAAUCCCUACAAAAGAAUUUCAGCAGCCAUCACAAAUCACAGAGAGUACUAUUCAUGAAAUCCCAACAAAAGACACACCAAGUUCCCACACAGCAGGUGCAGGGCAUGCAUCAUUUACCAUCGAAUUUGAUGACAGUACCCCAGGGAAGGUGACUAUUAGAGACCAUGUGACAAAGUUUACUUCCGAUCAACGCCACAAGUCAAAGAAGUCUUCUCCAGGAACUCAAGACUUACCAGGGAUUCAAACAGGAAUGAUGGCACCAGAAAACAAAGUAGCUGACUGGCUAGCACAAAACAAUCCUCCUCAAAUGGUAUGGGAAAGAACAGAAGAGGAUUCCAAAAGUAUUAAAAGUGAUGUUCCAGUGUACUUGAAAAGGUUGAAAGGAAAUAAACAUGAUGAUGGUACACAGAGUGAUUCAGAGAAUGCUGGGGCUCACAGGCGCUGUAGCAAACGUGCAACUCUUGAGGAACAUUUAAGGCGCCACCAUUCAGAGCAGAAAAAGCUACAGAAGGUCCAGGCUACAGAAAAGCAUCAAGAUCAAGCUGUUACUAGCUCUGCGCAUCACAGAGGGGGGCAUGGUGUUCCACAUGGGAAAUUAUUAAAGCAGAAAUCAGAGGAACCAUCGGUGUCAAUACCCUUCCUACAAACUGCAUUAUUAAGAAGUUCAGGGAGUCUGGGGCACAGACCAAGCCAGGAGAUGGAUAAAAUGUUAAAAAACCAAGCUACUUCUGCUACUUCUGAAAAGGAUAAUGAUGAUGACCAAAGUGACAAGGGUACUUAUACCAUUGAGUUAGAGAAUCCCAACAGUGAGGAAGUGGAAGCAAGAAAAAUGAUUGACAAGGUAUUUGGAGUAGAUGACAAUCAGGAUUAUAACAGGCCUAUUAUCAAUGAAAAACACAAAGAUCUGAUAAAAGAUUGGGCACUCAGUUCUGCUACAGUAGUAAUGGAAGAAAGAAAGCCACUGAGUACACCUGGAUUUCACAACUCAGAGGAAGCUACUUCUUCAUCUGGAAGCAAACGUUGGGUUUCACAAUGGGCUAGUUUGGCUGCUAACCAUACAAGGCAUGACCAGGAAGAAAGGAUAAUGGAAUUGUCUGCCCCUGUUCCUUUAGAAAAUGACACAGAUAUCAGUGAAUCUGGUGUUUCAGUGAGAACUACUGGCUCUGCAACUUCCUUGACUAGUCAGGGAGAGAGAAGGAGACGAACUCUUCCCCAGCUUCCAAAUGAAGAAAAGUCUCUUGAGAGCUCCAGAGCAAAGAUGAUAGCACAAAGGUCAGAAAUAGGAGAAAAACAAGAUACGGAACUUCAGGAGAAAGAAGCACCUACACAAGCAUACCAAAAAGACAAGCAAGAUGCUGACAGAGCACUGAGUAAAAUGAACAGAGCAGUGAAUGGUGAGACACUUAAAACUGGUGGAGAUAAUAAAACCCUGCUUCACUUAAGUGGCUCAUCUCCUGGAAAGGAGAAAAAUGAAACUGAUAAGGAAGCUUCUUUGGUAAAGCAAACAUUAGCUAAAAUUCAGCAACAAGAACAAAAGGAACAGGCACAGUGGACGCCUACAAAAUUGUCUUCAAAAAAUGCUUCAUCAGGUCAGAUAGAUAAAUGUAGGGAGGAAUCUUUUAAACAAGAAUCACAACCUCAAGAAAAAAAUAUUGGACAUUCUACAAGCAAAGGAGAAAGGGCAAUACAAAAUGAAAGCAAGAGAAGAAAAGCUGAGGAGAUUCUGAAAAGUCAAGCUUCAAAGGGAGGAGACAAGAAGGAAUCAUCUAAGUCAUUAGUGCGACAAGGGAGCUUCACUAUUGAAAAACCUAGCCCAAACAUACCAAUAGAACUUAUUCCCCAUAUAAAUAAACAGACCUCAUCUAUGCCUCCUUCCUUAGCAUUAACAUCUGCAAGCAGAAUUCGAGAAAGGAGUGAUUCUUUGGAUACUGACUCUAGUAUGGACACAACCCUUAUUCUGAAAGAUACAGAAGCAGUUAUGGCUUUUCUAGAAGCUAAACUACGUGAAGAUAAUAAAACUGAUGAAGGCCCAGAUACUCCCAGUUAUAAUAGAGACAAUUCUAUUUCACCAGAAUCUGAUGUGGAUACAGCUAGUACAAUCAGUCUUGUUACUGGAGAGACUGAAAGAAAGUCAACCCAAAAACGAAAGAGUUUUACUAGCCUAUACAAAGAUAGGUGUUCCACUGGUUCUCCUUCCAAAGAUGUUACAAAAUCAUCGUCUUCAGGUACUAGGGAGAAAAUUGAAAAGAAAACAAAAAGUCGUUCCACAGAUGCAGGUUCAAGAGCAGAUGGUCGUAAAUUUGUACAAUCCAGUGGAAGAAUAAGACAGCCAUCAGUAGAUUUAACAGAUGAUGACCAAACCUCAAGUGUUCCUCAUUCGGCUAUAUCUGACAUUAUGUCCUCUGAUCAGGAAACUUACUCUUCUAAAUCUCAUGGGAGGACUCCAGUGGCCUCAACUGAUGAGCAUGUGCACUCCAAACUGGAAGGAAGUAAAGUAGCGAAAUCCAAGACGUCUCCUGUAGCAUCCGGUUCAUCCAGUAAAUCAACCACUCUUCCUAGGCCACGACCUACCAGGACUUCUCUCUUGCGCAGAGCACGACUUGGUGAAGCUUCAGACAGUGAACUUGCUGAUGCUGACAAAGCAUCUGUUGCUUCUGAAGUAUCCACAACAAGUUCUACGUCAAAACCUCCCACAGGAAGGCGUAACAUCUCCAGGAUCGAUUUAUUAGCUCAGCCUCGUAGAACAAGGCUUGGCUCAUUAUCAGCUCGUAGUGACUCUGAAGCAACAAUAUCUAGAAGUAGUGCCUCUUCACGUACUGCAGAAGCCAUCAUUAGAAGUGGAGCCAGAUUAGUGCCGUCAGAUAAAUUCUCUCCUAGAAUUAGAGCCAACAGUAUCUCUCGACUAUCAGACUCCAAGGUCAAAAGUAUGACCUCUACUCAUGGCUCUCCUUCAGUAAAUUCAAGAUGGAGGCGCUUUCCUACUGAUUAUGCUUCCACCUCAGAAGAUGAAUUUGGAUCAAACCGUAAUUCCCCUAAACAUACUCGUCUACGUACUUCUCCAGCCCUGAAAACCACACGCUUGCAGAGCACUGGAUCAGCAAUGCCUACUAGUUCUUCGUUCAAGCACCGAAUUAAAGAACAGGAAGACUACAUCCGAGAUUGGACAGCUCAUCGAGAAGAGAUAGCCAGGAUCAGCCAAGAUCUUGCUCUCAUUGCUCGGGAGAUCAACGAUGUAGCAGGAGAGAUAGAUUCAGUGACUUCUUCAGGCACUGCCCCUAGUACCACAGUAAGCACUGCUGCCACCACCCCUGGCUCUGCCAUAGACACUAGAGAAGAGGUAGGAGAUCUUCAUGGAGAAAUGCAUAAGUUGGUCGAUCGUGUUUUUGAUGAAAGUCUCAACUUCCGAAAGAUCCCUCCAUUAGUUAAUUCCAAAACACCAGAAGGAAACAAUGGUCGGUCUGGUGAUCCAAGACCUCAAGCAGCAGAGCCUCCUGAUCAUUUAACAAUUACGAGGCGAAGAACCUGGAGCAGGGAUGAAGUUAUGGGAGAUAAUCUGCUGCUGUCAUCUGUCUUUCAAUUCUCUAAGAAGAUAAGACAAUCUAUAGAUAAAACAGCUGGAAAGAUCAGGAUAUUAUUUAAAGACAAAGAUCGGAAUUGGGAUGAAAUAGAAAGCAAGUUAAGAGCUGAAAGUGAAGUUCCUAUUGUGAAAACCUCAAGCAUGGAGAUUUCUUCUAUUUUACAGGAGCUGAAAAGGGUUGAAAAGCAGCUACAAGCCAUCAAUGCUAUGAUAGACCCAGAUGGAACUUUGGAGGCUCUGAACAACAUGGGAUUUUCCAGUGCUAUCUUGCCAUCUCCACCAAAACAGAAGUCCAGCCCUGUGAAUAAUCACAGUAGCCCGGCCAUGCUGUGACCUACAAGCAAACAUACCCAACAUUUCUGAACCCCCAUGUCUCCUGUGCCAAGCUGCUCUCAGAAAUGGACUUCCUCUACAUCUGUACAGAUUUGUUAAACCAUUCUAUUUGCUUCUUAAUAGUAGGAUUUAUAUUAGUACUUAUUACCAUUGGACACGAUGACAUAUUACUCACCACAGUAAAGCCAACCUUUCACAAGUCAUUCUGUGUCCUAAAAUUUUCCAACAUAGAUGUGAUUUAUAUAACUUUGUUGCUACGUAAAUUGUCUUGGGGUUUACGGAGAGUAUUAUGUUUGCACUAAGAUUUGCUGGGAGUGGUAGGUGGACAUAGCUAUAUAUCAAUAAGGACUAACCAUCUUUUUUGUACAUAGGAGAUUGAUAAUACUGUAUUUGUUUUAACCUCACAGUGUUUUACUCCACUUUCAAAAAAGAUCAAUUUGGCACUUUUUUUCAAUUUUUUUAAUGGAAAUAAGAUUUUGUCUCAUUUUAGGCUAAAUGAUAACUAGAAAGAUUAAACUAGACAGAUAGUUUAGGUGGAGUAUAUUUUUUAAACUAAGAACAUGUAUAUUGGUCCUGUGUUACCAAGUUUAUAUGUGACAGUUGGAAAGAAAAUUUCCCUUGCAAUGAUCAUGAGGUUAAAUUUUUCUUCAUUAGGAGACUUGGAGAACCAGUAGUCAUAAGAUUAGUUGGUAGUUUGAUUCCCAAGCAAUGAAUUGCUUCUGUGUGUUUCCCUAUAGGACCUAAAUAGUAAAUCCUGUCUCAGUCUUACACAUUUAUAAGACCCUGCAAGAUGACGACAAAAGGCUUUGGGCCUAUGCUACUAAACAGGAAGCCUAUGAAAAAUAUCUUCUAUAAACUUUUUCCCCCCUCUUUCCAGUAAGUUCACAUUGGGAUAAGUUUUAAAAAGACAUAAUGAUCUCUUCGUGUUUCCAGAACACUAUCAUUUGGGUGAAAAUCUUAAUUCAGUUAACGUAUUAGUAGUAGGCCUAUAUUUUCCCCUUGACCCUCAUCAGUCUAUAAAAGCUAAACUGCAACUUUUGCAACUUUUAUGAAAUGGUCUUUAAUAUUUCAGCAAUAAUACUGUGCUACAUUUGUUUAAGAAACAAAUUAACUCUUCAUUCUUCAAAAUUUUACAGGAUUUUAAAAAUCCUGUACUAUUGGACCAGCUAAUAAAGAUGCAAAAUAAAACUUGUUGUAGAGAUGUAGAAACAAACAAAAAAAAAGCCUGUUAUAUAAUGGAUCUCAUAUUUUUCUUUAAGUUAAAAAAGAAGAGUAAAUGAACUAUUCUCCUUGUAAACUAAGUUCCCCAUUCUAUCUAAUAAAGGAAGACUAAAAAGGUUUUAAAGAACAUAAAUGGAAAGACAAAUGCUUUGGAGGAAUAAACAGAACAUCAAAACAGGGUCAAUUCACUUGAAGAAAAAAAUUGAACAAAAUAAUCAACCAUUGUUCCCUCUUUCAUUUAAUAUUUGGACACUGAUUAUAUCCACAUGGAAGUAGAAGGUAAGAAGUUUAGGGAACUAUUAGAAUCUACUUUACUUACAUUUUGUUUGAGUGUUUACACAGUUUUGUUCAAUUAUAAACAUUUGGCCUUUUACUAUGUUAUUUUUAUUUUGUAUGAAUACAUUAUUCUCCUUAUUUAUUUUUGUUACAUUUAUUACUUAUGUUAUUUUGUUAUGCAUUUACAG